UAUCGUAAACAAGUUGAAUCUUUUAGUUGAAAUAAAUAUAUUUUUAUAUCGUAAUAAUACAAAUGUAUCGAAUUUUAAUGGUUUUAACUUUAUCAGUAUUUAGUAUUGGCGCUAGAAACCUUUCAGAUGCAGAAGCAAAGAUUGUAUAUUAUAAAAAUGAAAAUAAUGGCGUCGGUAAUUACCAUUUCAGAUUUGAAACAUCAAACGGUAUAGUAAAGGAAGAAACAGGACGACGUGUUAAUAUUGGUCAAAUGGACGAGCACGUCGCAGUUAAAGGAUCUUAUUCAUAUAACGACACAGAAGGAGUAUUACAGACAGUUCAUUAUAAAGCUGACACAAAUGGUUUUGUCAUUAUCAAUCCAAUCGAUGAAGGGGUAAAUAUUUUAGUUCCCUCUGCAGCUUACUUCUUACUGCUUUUGUUGAUUUUCUGGUUCAUAUUUUUAUACAAAACAAGCUUUGGCUCGCGACUAUGUAGUUAUUGUAUCCGCAUACUAACCGUUGAACCGUACGGCGGGGAUAUGUUUCCUAGUACUGUCAACAGUAUAAUACUGUCAUAUGACGAUGUUGGUUACAAUACGUUAUCUGCAUGUAGUAUCGACCGCCAUGGUCAUUAA